GGGGGACCUCUAAGAUCAGACAGAGACAUUUAACAAGUACACGAACCUGCGGGACUGGAGUGGACACAUGCGGGGCCUCUGUGGACACGUCAGCCGGUGACAGGGGUUCUCUGGUUUGGACUGGAUGGAACCGACGGGUCUACGAGACGUUUUCAAAUGUAUAACACUGUGUAAGCCGAUGAAAGCAGCUGCAUGUGUCAUGUUUACCUGCUGUAGCCCAGACUGAGCUAAAUGCACCGUCUGUCUCCUGUGGACAAUCUGACCGUUUUUACACUGUGGUUUUAUCUGUCCUCGGGCCUGGGACGCCUACUUCUACGUCAGCUGCCAAAAACAUCUGGAUGGAACACAUGACAGGGCUGCGUAGCUUUAAAAUCUGUGUUAUUGGACUAAAGCCAUUGCAGCAAUGGAGGAUAUGGGUCUUGUUCCCAAACCCAGUGGUGAUCCUCUGGUUCCCAAACCCACUGUCCCUGAGGCUGAUGGGAUGCAGCAGAACAUUCCUGCAGAGCAUCUGCACGACACCGAAGGAAGCAGGACAUCUGACAGGGACGAUGAUGGAGCCUCCACAAAAACAUCACAAGACUCAGCGAUUCCACCUCCACAGAACCCACUGCCAGCAGGGACUGACACCACACUCCUAAAUGCAGAGGACAAACCUAAAAGUGUGGAUUUGGACAGGGCGGGGUCUGCAACGAAGAAGCUCAAAGCCAAAGCAGCAGAUUCAACAAAGUGGAAGCAAAACAAGCAGAAGCAGCUGAGGAUGGAGGGAAAGGCGUAUGUCAGCAAACGGAAAAAAGAUGGAGAAAUUGUGACAAAACAACCGAGAUCAAUGGGUCCAACGUGUACCUCAGGCGCUUGUAAGAGAGCUUCAAACCGAUUUUGUGGCCAAAUACCAGAAGAGGCCAGAGAGAAGGUGUUUAAUGAUUUCUGGCAGCACAUGACCUGGGCCCAGUGGAAACUAUAUGUGGCAGGACACGUUGACCGGGACCCCGUGGAAAGGUCUCGGGCUCUAGGGGUUCAGUCGAGAAGAUCAGUUUCACUUCGGUACCACCUGAUGGUGGACGGUGAAAGGAAGCAGGUGUGUAAAAACAUGUUCCUGUCCACACUGGGGAUCGGAGAGUGGUCUGUGCUGAACUGGGCCCAGGUAGGACCACCCAAAACCAGGGAAUCAGAUGACAUCACACCAGACGAGAGGCAGCCUGGCCCCCAGUUUAACCAACAUCACUGUACUCCAGCUCUGACCAGUAACAACACGACGCUCAAUGUGGAUGUAAUGCAGGAAUAUGUCAAUCCAACAACUAACCCACCAGUGCCAGAGGGGCCUGUUAGAAAGAAAUCCAGAGUGGCUAAGCCCCUAACAUGGAAGCAAAACCGGCAGAAACAGCUGAGGAUGGAGGGAAAACCGUACAUCAGCAAACGGAAGAAAGAUGGCACAACCAUAACCAAAGCUCCAAGGACACUGGGGCCCCCAUGCACAUCCAUCGCCUGUAAAAGAGCAUCCAAUCGCUUCUGUGACGACAUCAGCGAAGAAACAAGAAAUGAGCUUUUUACUGGUUUCUGGCAGCGCAUGAACUGGGCUCAGAGGAAGCUCUAUGUGGCUGAACUGGUCGACUGUGAUCCGGUGGAAAGAACCCGAGCCCCGUGGACUCAGUCCAGAAGAUCAGUUUCAAUGCGGUAUCAUUUGCUAGUAGAUGGAGACAGAAGGCAGGUUUGUAAGAGGAUGUUCCUGUCUACUCUGGGAAUCGGAGAGUGGUCGGUGCUCAACUGGGCCCAAAACGCAACCCAGCACGAAAAAACAGAGGAAAAGAGUAAGACGCAAACGCAAAGGAAGUCACGGAAAGCUUCAGAACAUAUAGUCCUGAAGGAGUUCUUGGAGAGCUUACCCAAAGUGCCCUCAUACUCCUCUGGCACAUCCAUAUCUAAACUGUACCUGGAACCAGUGUUCUCAAACAUGUCUGAGGUGUACAGGCAUUACUACAACCACUGCUUAGACAACAACACAACUCCGCUGUCCCGCCAGGUGUUUUGUGCUCAGUUUAAAAAGAUGGAUUUGGGAUUGUGCGACCCUAAACAUUAUCAACAUUGUUCUUUGGGGGUGGCAGGAAACUUGUUUAAUGAACUCUGGGAAGAAUACUGCAUGGAAAGAGGGACAGUAGGAGCAGAACCAGAGAAAGCAGGUGGACAGUAAAAGCAGCGUUGGGGAGUUACUAGUUCCACUGGAUUAGGGGAUUAAGUUACAAAGAUCCGAACCUGAUCUAGGGUUCGGGUUCCAUCUGAAUAUAUUGUUUUUAGCAAAGAUGCUAACCACCAGGUGGAACCGUGUUGUUGGGACAAUAACUCUUUUGACCAUAUUUUCCUUCUGAAAUUGUAAAAAAAAAGCACAUUUACGGUUUUAGGACUUUUUAGUUUUAUUACCAAGGUUAACGGUACAAAAUAUGUGGGAAAAAAUUAGAACAUAACUUAAAAAUGAGCAUCCUCUCUGACUUUCUCAGUUUUCUACAUCUAUGCACUGAUGUCUUUGUAUUUGACUUUGGUUGGAUUUUUUGUGACAAUCCAAAGGGUGGUGUAUAUGUCGUCCCCCAGGUGCCAUUGCAGAAGUAUCUCAAAGUGUAAAACCACUGACGGCCAAUAGAUGCAUGCUCCUAUUGACACCCAUUGAACUUCUCUCAGCGCAUUUUUACAGAUGGUUUUCCUGGUGGUCUUCUUGUAAACUACUGUUAAUAAGAUGUUACUUUUAUAGGACUCUUUCCCUUGCCUUGACGUCUGCCAUGUGGCCUUUGAUUGACAGGUUUGAUUUGACAGCUCACUCUUCUGCUGGGUUGGAAUUUCACAACUGUUUAUUAAAUAAAACCUAUUUUUCCUAACAGAUUUUAUAUAGUAGUUGUGGUUAAAAGUUACACUAGAAAUAUAGUCAAAUCGUUAGCCUCAUAGCAUAAUUGCCUAAGUCAUGCACUACAUGGA